UUACCGGCACAUCUCACUUACAAGACUGCGCUGGUCUUGCUACCUCCAUCUAGCAUUGCUGCGCCAAUCGAUCGAGUUCGAGGUAUAUACGACAAGCAUUUCAAGCGAUGGCCUGCACACAUCAAUCUGUUAUACCCAUUUUUAUCUGAGCCUUCUGAGCCUAGUGGGCAUGGCAACGGCUCGCAGUCAACUCUCAAGCCCGACAUACGUGCACGUAUUGUAAGCGCCAUCAAAGACAUACGACCAUUCCAGAUAUCACUCGAGGCGGAUCCUCCAGGGGUUUUUCACCACGGGCCCAAUAGCACAACUGUUUGGUUGGGUCCUACCACCCAGAGUGUCCAACAGCUUCACGCGGCCCUGCAGAAAGAAUUCCCCGAAGUAAACGCAGACCGACGGCCUUUUACGCCUCACCUUUCUGUGGGGCAAGCGAAGAGCCAGGUU